AUAGUAUCACGACUUCCUCCUCCAUUUUACUAAUUAGGUAAAUAUUAUUAUGAUAUUAAAAGAAGCAUUGCUAGGGAUGGAAGAUGGGUUGAACCUCAUCAUCAGCGACUGAUUUGACUGCGGCCGCACAUCCCAUUAUAUAUAGUAUUAUAUAUAUACUCACUCCACUUGCCCUCAAAAAUCUCCUCUCCUUUUGUUUCUAUUCAAUACUCGGCCUCCUACUGCUUUUCUCUUUUGCAACUUGCUCUUGUUUACUUCUUCUUCAACAUUUAGCAUCUUUUACCCACUUCCAAUUGUCCAAGUCUUAAAACGGCAAAAGACCACCAGCUGCUGUUUUUCCAUUUUUGUUUACUUGUAAAUCCUGAUGAUGGCUAUAGUUCUACACUAGUACUCCGUGUUCUAAUUAAUUUUCUAUUUAGCUUCCCUACUCAUUUCAAUUCUUCAACCAGAGCCAGACUAUCUAUCUAAGGUUGUUUUUUCCGAUCCGCCAAAUACUGGACAACUUACUAGAUCCGAUUGAUUGAUUUAUAGAUUGACACUCAACUAUUGUUAGUGGAACCAUUUCUGUGGUUGCACUAUAUAUAAUUAAUCUGUUGCAAUUUAGAAUAGAUGGAUUUUAAUUAUAGUUUGGGAUUGAGCCGCGGUGAAUCUGACAGUGAUGCUGGUGCAAGUUCCGGAGGCGGAGCUCCAGGAACUUCUUCAAAUCGCCGGCCUAGAGGCCGUCCGCCUGGAUCUAAAAAUAAGCCCAAGCCUCCAAUAAUCGUGACCAGAGAUACGCCUAAUGCACUCCGAUCUCACGUGCUUGAAGUUUCAACGGAUGUUGAUAUCAUGGAAAGUAUCUCCAAUUACGCAAGGCGGAGAGGGAGAGGUGUUUGUAUUCUUAGUGGUAGCGGCACUGUUGCCAACGUCAACAUCCGUCAGCCUGCUUCCCCUGCUGCAACUGUAGUCACUCUUCACGGACGUUUCGAGAUACUUUCCCUCUCAGGUACGGUGCUUCCUCCGCCUGCACCGCCUGGCUCCAGUGGGAUCUCUAUAUUUUUGUCAGGUGGACAAGGACAAGUUGUUGGAGGAUCCGUUGUAGGGCCUUUGAUGGCAUCAGGUCCGGUCGUUUUAAUGGCUGCCUCUUUUGCUAAUGCUGUAUUUGAACGACUUCCGUUGGAGGAAGAGGAUGCUGCUGCUGCUAAUGCUAAUGCUAAUGCUAAUGCUUCUGGUGUUGGUGCCCCUACUACACAGGUACAGCCAGCUGCCUCACAGUCAUCAGGAGUAACCGGUGGUGGAGAGGCUGGAACUGGCGAAGGUGGAAAUAUGGCUUUUGGGAAUAAUAAUUACUCAUUCUCAGCUGAGUUGCUUGGAUGGGGUGGAAAUGCUGCAAAUGAAAGGCCCCCAUUUUAGUAUAUACAUUGCAUUGCAAGUUAGAGUGAUCAUGAGAGAACCAGAUGCAUGAUUUUCGUGAGUGUUAAUAAUUACUACCACUCAAUUAGCUUUCAUAUGAUUAUAAUACAUUUCAAAAUGUUUGGAUUAAAGAUAGAGUCGGUGGAGUAGCUGGUGCAGAAAAUAAUAGGAAUAUUUUGCAUAGCCAGUACACUACAUUUUUUUCAAUUCCACUAACGGUAUUGAAGCGAGAGGCAAUCAUAAUUUACUAUGAGGAAGAAAUUUGCAAUUCAAGGGCAAAGCAUUGUGAGUGAGUAGCUACCUUGCAUUUCAUGUCUUUAUAAAUAAAUAAAUAUAUAGUGUUUGUACAAGUACUAUAUAUCACACCUAACAAUGCUCAUCUUGAUUGUCUAAACUUCAUGUGAUUUUUUCAUGUAUCUAUUAUCACUUGGCUUAUUAAUUAGAAUAAUUUGUUUGGUGUAAUCUUAGAUUUACGUAUGUAAUGGUGCAAAUUACUAGUAUUAAAAGAUAAACUAGAGCUUUGAGGGUGAGUUUUCAGAUAUUGACCGAUCCCUUGUUUGGACUUGAACUUGAUCUUUUAUUGACAUACUGUCUUUCUCA